UUUUUCGAUUCACUUUAUUAUCCUUUCAUCACAUGUUUUGAAAGCAACCGCACUUUUGCAUCCCUUUUUCUCAUCGAACCCAUUCUUGCGCUCGUCUUAUUUUCACAUCGUAGCGAUAAAAAUGGAACGGGAUGGAGAAGAGGGUCGAAACCACGAUCAAUCAACUUCGACGAGUGAAAUUGUGGAAAUUCCCGGCGAGGAUGGAAGCAAAAUCGCGGAUCCGGAGACUAAAGACGUGUACGUUGCCGUUGGUAAGAAUGAUUUGCACGUUCUCGAAUGGGCGCUCGACCAUGUUGUCCCUCCGGGAAGUCGGGUCCUUCUCGUGCAUAUAUUCGCUCCCAUUGCUUACAUCCCUACACAAGUGGGGAGGCUGUCGAGGAGCCAGCUAAGCCAAGAGCAGCUCAAGGUUUACGUUCGCGAAGAAAGUAACAAGCGGAAUCAUCUCCUCGGAAAAUACAUUAGCCGAUGCGGCGAAUCCAAGGUCGCUGUCGACACAAUGCUUGUCGAGAGCCAUGCCUUAGAGAAGGCCAUUUUAGAGCUCAUCCCUGUCGUCAAUAUUACUCAUCUUGUCAUGGGAGCCAAGCAUUCGACUUUUUCUAGGCUAUCGAGGAAAGGCGCGUCGAAGGGAGAAUACAUACAGAAACAUGCACCGGAAUAUUGCCAUGUGACUCUAGUCUAUAACGGCAAAAAAUCAGAGGAUGGAAUGGACGGACAAGAUUCAUCUCGAUCGUUGAAUCGAUGGCCACAAGUUGCCGAAAGGCAUUUCCUCGAGUGCAUAUGCUUCUCGGGGAAAUUAAAUUAACUAUGUUUAAUUCCAUCCACACACAAAGUAAAUAUUUACUUUUGAUGCGAUGUUUAAGAAAUAAUAAUAUUUUAAUUAUAGUGGGUAGUUAAAAGUAGUGUAACGACAUUUUUGCCUUACUUUUUGGUGUAAAAGUAACGAUGUGAUGUAAAGCAAGAGUAUUUGCUGAAAAAAGUGAGGUAUUUAAUAAAAUGUUUACUUGUAAUUGAACAUCCCAAAAUAGAGAAAUAUGUAUACUUUCUGCCUUAACGGAAAGACACAAAAUUUAAUUUUGGAGUAUUACGUACAUUUUUAUAAAAUAGAAACUUAUGCUU